CAUCGGUCUUUUAGCAAUCAUAUGAGCAACAAAUCAUAGCAGGUGUGGAAGGUCUUUCCUAUGGCUCGCCAGGCUCCCGGAACUUACCACAAGGAUCAUUGGACCCCGAGGAUCAGUUCUUUCUGUGCCUCCUUGGGUUGGACUUCGGAGAUGAUUUCAAGUGGUCCCAGACAAGUGGAAAAUGUUGCAUGCCAUUGCGGCAUUGCCAGCCCCCAGGUGAAAAAUCCUCCUGUAUCAUGGUGACACGAACUAGAGAAAUCAACAAGGCUGCAGCAGUGAACAAGUUUUGGCUUGUGUGUGAAUCCAGGAGACAUUGGCCUUGGCAAGUUGCACAUAAUAUGAUCUUGAUGACACAUUUUAUAUUGUUAGAAGGCAGGACUUGGCCGGCAGCCGCCGGAAAUGUUCUUUUCAAUGUCCAAAGCAUCUUCCGUAUAACACCUGUCUGUGAUCUUUUAGUUUAUUUUUGUCUAUCAUGGUUUCCCCUCAAUCUUUGUUGGCAUCUUUUGACUGUCUCCAAGCAACAUUCUCAGUUCACAUACAGCUUCUAGCUGGCGUCCCCAAGUAAUUACUAGUGGUAAUAUUUCUUAAAGUAUCCUUCAAAAGUUGGGAUUCUAAUAAAAUAAGACUUUUUUGGAUUAGUUCAAGUUGAUAUAAGAAUGGGAUAAAACCAAACCUCUACAUCAUUGGCGUUGUCUAUAUCAGAAGCUUAUUAUUAAAAACACCAUAGCAUGUAAUUGACCAAAGAUCUUUUUUUAUUGGUCUCACGGUUGAGGUAACACCAAUACCACCAGUUUUGCCAAUCCAGACUCGUUCAAAAAGCAGGAGCUUAUCCUUCUGAAUUGUUCCCAGUUUCAGAAGACAAUGGCUUCUUUUUCAAUAGAAGAUUUUGUUGGUGAUGGGGUUCUGAAGGAAUUGCUUCCAAAAUUAUUGGAAGAAGGUUGGGACGACGUCCCAACCCUAAAGAUCAUGAACUCAGAUGACAUGGCUGCAAUCAACAUGACACAAGAUCAAAAGGAUGCUCUGGAAAUCCGAACAUACCUUCAUGAUCGUGAUCUGAUGCAAUAUGGAGAUAAGCUAGAGGCCUCCGGGAAAUGCCUACCUGAGCUCCUUAACUUAAGCACUGAGGAUCUAUCUUCACAAUUUGGCAUGAAGAGGGGACACAUCGCACGUUUCACAGAUAGAAUCAAUCCAUGCACAGAUCCUUUGCCCAAAUCAUAUUACCUCACUGAAAGGAAAAUAAAGGGUACACCAUCUAGAAAUAACAGCAUUUACAGGAAUUUUGCAUCUAUCAAUUCCAAUAAGAUGCAAAAUACAGCAAAAUCCAUUGCCAGGAACAGCACAAAUAACGACAGGCUGCUGGAAGAAUCACUGGCCGGUUUCAAGAUUAAAGAUGCACAUGUCUUUAAAGGGAUUGUUGCAGCAGGACCAGCUGAGCCUCGAGCCUGUGGUUGUAUACAACCUCCACCUGUGGUUGACUGUGUUGCACCUUACUCUGCUCUCCAAAACAUAUCGGUUCAGAAAUUAAGUCCUGAGUAUAAGAUUGGGAUGGAGCGUUUGGUGAAAUCCAAGACUCCACCAAUGAAAGCUUCAGAACUCUGGCGGGAUAAGCCAGCUCUGCUCCUCUGCAUUCGAAGACCUGGGUGCAUCAUGUGCAGAGCUGAAGCUCAUCAGCUCUAUGCCAAAAAGCCAAUAUUUGAUGCCCUGGGAGUUAAGAUGUUUGCAGUUCUUCAUGAGCAUAUAGAAUCAGAGGUAAAAGACUUCUGGCCACGCUAUUGGGGAGGGGUUGUAAUCUUUGACCAGGCUAUGGGAUUCUUCAAAGCUCUUGGAGGUGGGAAAUUACUUAAGGACAAGUUUCUAUCAGGAUUUGUGUUCAACCCCCGGGCUAUUGCUAAUUAUAAACGUGCAAAAGCUAUGGGAAUAGAGCAAAAUUUUAGAGGAGAAGGUGAAAUUAAGGGUGGGCUUUUUAUAGUUGGCCAGGGAGGAACUGGAAUUGCUUACCAAUUUAUUGAGAGGAAUUUUGGCGAUUGGGCUCCUGUAGCUGAAGUUGUGGAGAUCUGCACUCGAUUACAGAGCCUAAAGCAAGAUCAAGGAGCUGCUAGCAAAUCAUCCCAAGAAUACGAGUGAAGUGGUGUUUUCUCAUAUUUCUUAUCUACUUCAGAUUCAUCGUACAAUAAACUUUCUAUCCUUAACAUUGCUUGUGUUUCUCUCUUUGGCUUGUAUUAGUAUGAAAUUGAGCAAUACCACUUUUUUGAUCGUAAAGAUUAUAUAGGUUACAUGCAAGAAAUGGUACACAUACGCAAAUAAUGUAGCUUUGUUGGUUUGUAGUAACCUCUAUGGCUUGGAUUGGAAAGAAAUUCAGAAAAUAAAAUUCAUAAUAAAAUGAAAUUGAAUGAAAUAAUCA